GCUGAUCGAUCCAUAAAAGUUGCUUACCUGUAUGCAUAUUUUUUAUUACAUGAAUUUCAAUUGUGCCGUAUUAAAAAUAUAAGUUAAAAUGUUUAAAAGUAUUCGGCAAAUAAGUUCAAAACAAUUGCUACACUCAUAUAAAAUAUGUUUUUAUGAAAAAGGGUGUCAAAGCAAAGCUGUGAAAUAUAGCACACAACCUGCACAUCAAAAUAUAUUUGAUAGAAAUGCAAAGCGUUUGCAAAAGGAACGCGCUGCCCUAAACCCGGAUGUAGAGCUCUAUGACUACUUGAAAGAAGAGGUUGGAUUUCGCUUAGCGGAUCGGAUCAUUGAUAUAAAACGUGAGUUUACAAAUGCCGCAGACAUUGGUUGCAGUCGAGGCUUUCUUUCUAAACACAUAAUGGCGGAAAGCGUACAGCAUUUGACGCUAUGCGAUACGAGCCCUACAAUGCUGUCGCAAGCGCAAGGCACGCCUGGUCUGAAAUUAACUAAAUUAGAGUUGGACGAGGAGAAAUUGGAUUUUCCUGAUAACUCAUUAGAUUUAGUUAUAUCCAGUUUGAGUUUGCAUUGGGUUAAUGAUCUGCCAGGUUGCUUUUCGAAAGUAAUACGUAGCUUAAAACCUGAUGGUGUUUUUAUAGCGUCUUUGUUUGGUGGUGAUACACUAUAUGAGUUACGUUCAUCGCUACAAUUGGCUGAAAUCGAGCGUAAAGGCGGCCUUUCGCCGCAUAUUUCUCCUUUCACACAGAUUAGAGAUGUAGGUGCUUUGCUGAAUCGUGCUGGCUUCACCAUGCUAACCAUUGAUACCGAUGAAAUUGUAGUGGGUUACCCCAGCAUGUUUGAACUUAUGUGGGAUCUAAAAGGUAUGGCAGAGAAUAAUGCAGCUUUCAAUAGACCAGCGCAUAUAAGUCGCGAAACAAUGUUAGCAGCAAGUGCUAUUUAUAAGGAGUUGUACGCUAAGGACGAUGGCGUGACGGCGACAUUUCAAAUAAUAUACUUUGUCGGCUGGAAACCGGGUCCGAAUCAACCCAAACCUUUGGAACGUGGCAGUGGUGAUGUUUCGCUAAAAGAUUUAGGCAAAAUUAUCGAAUCUGGCGGACCAAAAUCAUAAAAGAUUUAUGUUGCCAAUUUAAUAGAAUCAUGCAUAAAAUGGAGGUCAAUGCAUGUGUAACGUUUUGUGAAGAAAACUCGGUUUUGUAUUAUAGCAAAUGCUGUCUUUAUUGACUUUAGAAAUAAUAGUCUUUGAAUAUUAACGUAAAUAAGCACGAUAGUACGUAUAGCAGUAUACGUACAUAUGUAUACAAAGUGUGGUAAUUUUCUUUUAUAAAGUGUUCUUUUCUUCGAAGUUUUCAUAUAAA